AUGAAACCGGUAUUUGGACUAUGGAUAAUGAUUAUCUUUCUGUCGGUUGCUUGUAGGAUAAUAGAAGGAGAAAAUUCGACAGUAGCUUCUGCUGAAAAACGAAAUCUAAAUGUAGCUGAUCCAGUUGAUCAAGCUAAAUGGAAUUUUGCACUUCGAGUAUGGCGACAGUCUGGACCUACCAGUAACAGUGCUGUAAUUUCGCCAGUUUUUGCUGCAUUAUUUAUUGCCAUUGCACGAUUGGGUUCAGAUGGCGAUACUGCGGACGAAAUUAUGCAUACAUUACGUUAUCCGGAUACAUCAGGUGAAAAUGUUACUGACGAUAAAUUGUUGGCGUCAUGGAAGGAAGAAUUUGAUGAGCUAUUAAGUUGUCCACUUAACAGCUUAUUCUGUAUCAAUGCUGUUCACCUGCUUCAGAAAAGCAACGAGACUGUCAUUAAAGAAAUGUUUCUUGAAAAAUUAAGAACAUUUUUGAAUGGUAAACUACAAGUUGAGAACUAUGACGAUUUUAUGGAACGCAUUACAAGCGAGGAAUUCCAGGCUGCAAGGCCUAAAAGCGAAAGGAUUGUUGGAGAGAUGUCAUUCAGCACCAAUUCUUUCGUUUUUCUUGUGAAUGCAUCAUUUUACGAUCAGCGAUGGAAAAACAAAUUCAAACUUGAGAAGACAAUUACAAGAGAUUUUGGACCCAAUCGAGAAAGUGUUGCUAAGCUUCCAUUUAUGCCGGGCGAAGUAUUUACCAGCUACUUCUUUGGUGAUAACGAAGAUGUACAAAUCCUUGGAAUACCUUUCGCUGACAACGUAACUUGCAUGUAUAUAUUCCUACCACUUGACAAAAAUGGUCUCGCGAAAUUUGAGCUGGAAUCUGAAGGCGACCGAUUGUUACAGAUGAUCAUGAAGUUGCGCUUUGUCGACGUCGAAGUAGAAGCGCUGAAAUUCGAAAUGAGCAGCAAAGUUGACCUGACACCAGGACUAAGAAGACUUGACUUCCGGAAGGCAGUCAGUCCAGAAGCAAAUUUUGCAAAAAUGCUUGACAGUUAUGUUUUUAUUCAAAACAUAACACUGAAUACGAUUGUCCGGGUUGACGAAGACGGUUUCAAGGCGGAAGAAUUAAAUCCAACAACAAAGCUGCCCGUACCAAAAGUAUUGUGGCAAGGACCUCACUAUCGAUUUGUUGCUUAUCAUCCAUUCCUCUUCAUCAUUGCUAAAAAUCAGAAGCAAAUGUUGUACAUUGGAAGAUACUUAUGA